UGUUGCUAAAGAGCAGCUCAACCGUCUUAUAAAAGGACUGCCCGGUAUCCUCCUGAGGUGUCUAUUGCUAAGCAACAUUCAGUUCAUCUUGACCACAUGCAGGGGAGGUAGAACACUUGACCCAUCAUUUAUAGCAGCGCGCGCUGUGGAAGAAUGGAGUUAUUUAGAGGGUUGAGGGAUGAAGCAGUGAUGUGGACCCUAGGGACUAGGAACCCAGUCUCAGGAACAGGAUCCACUAAGCCAGACUCUCCAGUGGAACACAGUGGAAAGACAACAUCAGCUGGAAGAAAGUUUAAACGUUUAAAAUUCCUAAGACGGAAUUCCAAGAGUAACACCAACAUCACUGCUCCAGAUGUCCACAACACAUCCAGCGUUAUUACUGCCCCUCUCGAGGAGGUGUUGACCUUUGAGCAGAACCUUGAGAGAAAUCGCCUGUCUGCUGCUGGCCAACAGCUGAUUGAGAGAGAGGAGCAUCUAUAUGGACAGAUCUCAGAAGAGGUGGUUCAGUCGACCACAGAGAGGGAGAAGGAGGAGAAAGAGCAGCUCACCAGAGAUCACAAAGCCCUCCUCAGCCACAUAGACCUGGCUGUAAAGAGUUCUCUCAGUCCGGAUGAAGACAGUCUGGAGGCUCUGAAGUCUGCAGUGAAGGCUAUCCUACAGGAGGAGGAGCAGGAUAGGCGAUGGCUGAAUCAGGAGGGUAAACAGCCUGCCUGGAGGCCCAGUGAGUGUAGACGUCACCACAACACUGUCCUCCAGAGCCUGGUGGAGGAGCGUAUGGACAAUGCCGAAUUGCCCCCUGAAGAGAGCAACAAGCUACGCUCCUCCCUGCAGAGGGAGGUCUGUGGGAAGGGCAGACGCCUGCAGGAGGACCUGCUGAGGGUGGUGAAGGAUGUGAAGGGCUGCUACCCAGAGGACAUGGAUAUCUGCAACCUCUAUGGAAAGAUGUAUCACCAAGCCUUCAGCGCAGGGAUGAGGAAGAUUGAAGAGUAUGGGCUGGGCAUGGAGGACUGCUCUUACCUCCUGCAUUGGGUGAAUGUUGCCUACCCAGAAAUUCUACAAAAUCCAGAACUGACCAAGGUGAUUAACCCUGAAACGUUGGGAAAGCUGUUGACUGAGGAGUUGACAACACCACUGGAGAAUCAAUGUCUUACUCACAAAGAGACAGAGGUUCAGACAUUGAUCAACAAAGUGCUGAAGGUGGAGGAGCAAGCCUGGAUGGAUGGGUUUGUGCCUGAGCUCAGAGACGACUGUUACUUUAGCCCCUUGGCCAUCGACGUAAUUCAGUUUAUUAAUGCUGCAGUGAAAUCAGUAGAGACAGUUUUGGGAGACACGUCCAAAGUCCAGAUAAUUGUGUGCCUGUUGAAGGACUUCUUGAAUAGCUACAAGAAAUUCCAGGAGAAAGUUCUCAAGGGAAGCAACAACAGAAACAGCAGAACUGUGAUAAUGGCCAAUCUUGCCUGUGUUGAACAAUUUAGGGACUAUAUUGUGAACAAAGCAGACAUCUUCCCAGUGGAUGUAAAGGAAUGCUGUCUGUCCAUAGUAGCUGAUAUGAAAAACAUUGGCUACACAUCUUUAACAAGCCCUAUACACAAGGAUCUCAAGUCUCAGUACAGCUGUCUGGGGACACCCGUCUGGUUGGAGAAGAAGAAACAGGUGUUUGAGAUGCUGUUUGAAGGAAUUAACAAACACACCCAGGAUCUUAAGGGCUUGACUGACUCCUGUCAUCAGAUGGUUGUGCAGGAGCUGCUGAGCCAGCUGCACUUGGAGGUGACAGUGGAGUACGUGAGGAGGCUACUGAAGAGGAAGAUCAAGCUGAGAGACAAAGAGAUGCAGGAGCAGGCGGCCAGGUUGGUGUGUGAGGAUGGCCAGAGACUACACAAACUGUUCACUGAAGCGGGUUCCAGGGAGGAGUGGCUGAGUGACAUCCUGCCCAGGAUUGCUGAAGUGCUGAAACUCCAAGACAUUUCCUCCAUACAGCUGGAGAUAGUGACUCUGAGUCAAGCUUACCCUGAUCUCAGUGAAUUCCAGGUGUCCGCCCUGCUUAGCCUCAAAUCCAACCUUUCUGCCUCUGCCGUGAAGAGGGUGAAGAAGACCCUCCUGGACAACCAGGACACCACCAGCUCCCUGGAUGCCCCACCCUUUUUCUCCAAGUUACAGGUCAAAUGAGUGUUAAGUCUGCAAUGCUCUUGUAAUUAAAGUACCCUAAAGAGGGGACUAGCAUGGUUCUGGUACCGGUUGACCGAAAUGGUUGCUUAUAAAUUGCUCUGUGGACACCAUCGAUUGAAAUGCCGUGCGUUUAGCGAUAACCCUAGAUCUCACGGACUCGGGAGUACAUCUCUUCCGCCUGUGUACCUCAGGCUGUGAAAUCUGACACCACUUGAACCUGCCUACCAUUUCAUUCACUCUUCUGACUGCCCAUUAACUCCUGGCUGAAAGCCACUGACAAAGCACAUGCCUGCAAUCCUUAGAUCCUAGCACAGCAGGAGAGAAUGGUUUCAUCGCAUCCAGAACUUUAUCGAAGUCAUCAAAAAUAAUUCAUAGAUUUUAAACAAAUAUUUUUUAUUCUGUUUGUCAUAGACGGACAAGAUUAAUAUGAGAAGGCAGGCCAGUUCAUAAUGAGUUCAGGAAGCCAAGCUAUAGUCCUGUCCGAUGUUCAGAAGGGUGGGGGCAGAAGUUUUGUUCAAGAGAAACCUUUAGACAAUAUGCACAUUUUCUCUAACACGAAACAUACAAAUAUGUAUUUUACAGUUAUAAGGAAGGUGACAUUUUAUAGUUAGUCAUUUUAGAAUUUUAUUGUAAUAUAUUUAAAAAGCAUAUACGUCAUUUCAAGCCUUAUUCAUACAGUUUUGUUGAAUAGGAAAUACAUCAUAAAAUAUUUCA